CGGAGAGUAGUGGGCACUGGAACAUAGACAAACUGCACUGGAAGUUUUCGUUCUAUCCUGCAAACAGAGAUGGCGCUUGUAUGCUCAUUUUUAAAAUAGAUAACCAUGAAAUAAAUAAUAUUGAAAAAUUGAGAGAAAAUCAUUUGAAUUCGUUUAUUUCGAACGUUUGUAAAUUGUGAAAUUAUUGUACUUUUUGGAAGACUUCAAAUGAAUCCAGUUUGCUCGGAAACACCACCUGAACAUCUCCAUUCAAAAACAAUAAUAGUUAUACAUCCCGGAUCCCUUAAUUUGAGGAUUGGGAGAGCUUCUGAUCUAAACCCAUUAACAUUACUUCAUGCUAUAGCUAGGAGGGCUCGACCAAAUGGUCAGAUCCACAGAGAUUCAUUUUUACCAGAACGUAUUGACUUGAGUCAACCACAAGAAUUUGAGGAGGCUAGACUUGCUGUAUCUCACACUCUUCAAUCCUGCUUGCAGUCUGAUGGCCAAAGACGAUAUGCAACACCCCCACAACAAAUUGCAGCAUUUAAUAGAAGAUCUGAGCCAGAAAUAUUGGCUUCAAAUGGAGGGGAGUGGCUUAAGACUGAUGGAGAUAUUAUAAUAGGAAACGAUAUUUUAGGUAUAAACCCAGCUGAACCCUUCAAUAUAAGUUUUCCAUUUAAACGAGGAGAUUUCAAUAUACAUAAUGGACCAGGAGGUUCUAUGACAGCGGUUCUAGCUGAUUUAGAAACUAUAUGGACUCAUGUUAUCGAAACUCAUUUUCAAAUCAACAAAAAAGAUUUCAAAUAUCACAAGGCUGUUUUAGUUGUACCUGAUGUUUAUAAUCGCACAUAUCUACGAGAACUGAUGUACUUAUUAUUGAGCAAAAUGGAUUUUGGUAGUUGCUUUUUGGUACAGGAUCAUGUUGCAGCCACUUUUGGAUCAGGUUUAAGUUACGCAUGUGUUAUCGAUGUUGGCGAUCAAAAAACUUCUGUUUCUUGUGUAGAAGAUGGUAUUUGUCAUCCACAUACUAGGGUGAGAUUAAAUUAUGGGGGUGGAGAUAUUACUCAAAUAUUUUACUGGCUGCUUCAAAAAUGUGCUUUUCCUUACAAAGACUGUAAAGAUCAAAACAAGUUAGAUGCAAUGCUGCUCAGAAAAUUGAAAGAAGAAUUCUGUCAUGUUAAUUUAGAUAUUUGUGGAUCACAGGAGAAAACUUUCAUAUUGAAGCAACCUGGCAAACCAGUAAUGCAAUACACAAUUCAGGUUGGGGAUGAAUGUAUAGUUGCACCUUUAAGUCUGUUCAGCCCUGAACUGUUCGGGAUCACAGGUCCAAAAUCUAUACACACUCAAAAGGCAUCAACCGGGGACCCAGAAGAUCCACAUGAUGAGAAUUAUCUCCGAGACAUAAGAAGAAGAGGUAUAAAAGAAAAUUUAGAUCAGUCCUCCAAUGAUAUAACAGAAAACUUCUUGGAACAAUCUGGCCAACAUAACAACUUAACUGAAGAUGACAUUGUGGUUGAUGCAAUAGAUAAUGCACCGGUAGGAAAUGAUCGAGAAUUUGUUAUAAAUCCAGGGCAAAUUUUGGGCUUAGAUCAAGCAGUGCUUCAAAGCAUUGACAGAUGCCCUAAUGAAGAUCUGAAACGAAAGAUGUAUGGCUGCAUUCUAGUUGUGGGUGGUGGAAUGAAAUUUUCAGGUAUUGGUACUUGGCUUCAAAAUAGAAUAUCAUUACAGAUUCCCUAUUUGUAUCGAGCAGAGCAAUUGGACAUAAUCACUAAUCCCAGGGAUAUGGAUCCUUCAAUGAUAGCCUGGAAGGGUGCUUCCAUUUUAUCAUGCUUAGAAACUGCUCAUGAGUUAUGGAUUUCAAGAGCGGAAUGGGAAAAAUAUGGCGUCAGAAUACUGAGGGAAAGAGCGCCUUUCACUUGGUAAUUCUGAUUUUUUUAUUAUCGUUUUAUACUGUGUUCGUUCAAACAUAGGCUAGUUUUGUAUUAUUGAUUUGUAUUAUUUGAAUAAUAAUUAUUCAUCCCUA